GAGAACUCUCACUCAGUGCUCGGGCUGCGGUGGAGCUGGAGAGCAUCUCAUCUGUUCACAGAGAGGAACACCUGCGCCAACGAUGUGAAGGUUUCCUUCAGCGCAUCUGUGACCAUGCUGUUCCCUGCCUCCAAGUCCGAUGUGAAAUCCGUUCUGGAUGGAGUGGCAGAAACCACCUUCAGAACCAUCACUUCUGGACUGCAGUACAUUGGUUCUAACGACGUCGGCUAUGAUGACCACAUCAAAAGCGCCAAAAGCGGAUACCCACUGCCGAAGCCGUUCGCAGCCUACCGCAGAAGCUCUUUCGCAGAUAAAGUGGGACCGGAUGAGGAACUCAUCGUAAAAGGUUUGCCCUUUUACCCCACGAACAGCUCUGACGUGUUUGGGAACUUCAGCCUCGGAGAUGAAGGGAGCAGUCUGCAGUGCGGGGAGAACUUUAUGGACAUGGAAUGCUUCAUGAUACUGACUCCUAGCCAACAGCUCGCCAUAGCCGUGUUGUCUCUCACGCUGGGGACUUUUACAGUAUUGGAGAACCUGGUGGUCCUGUGCGUGAUACUGCAGUCACGUACCCUGCGCUGCAGGCCAUCUUACCAUUUCAUUGGUAGCCUGGCCAUCGCAGACCUGCUUGGCAGCGUGAUCUUCGUCUACAGUUUCUUGGACUUUCACGUCUUUCACCGCAAAGACAGUCCGAACGUGUUUCUGUUCAAGUUAGGGGGCGUGACGGCCUCGUUCACCGCGUCUGUGGGAAGCCUGUUCCUCACCGCCAUCGAUCGAUACAUUUCUAUCCACCGUCCGCUGGCGUACAGGCGCAUUGUGACGC